AUGAAGAUCAUCUGGUCCUUGUUACUUCACUGGCGUUUGCUGACAACAGACGAGUUUCACUAUGAUUCCCUCCAAGCAACACAGACGCAAGGUCCCACUGGAAAACCGGGUUUACCAGGAAUGCCUGGAGCGGACGGCCCUCCUGGUCACCCAGGAAAGGAGGGUCCGUCAGGCACUAAAGGAAACCAGGGUCCCAACGGUCCUCAAGGAGCCAUCGGCUAUCCUGGCCCUCGUGGCAUCAAGGGAGUGCAAGGAAUCCGCGGUCUAAAGGGUCACAAAGGAGAGAAGGGAGAAGAUGGCUUCCCAGGAAUUAAGGGGGAUUUUGGCAUCAAGGGAGAGAGGGGUGAGAUUGGAGUUUCAGGGCCCAGAGGAGAAGAUGGCCCAGAGGGACCAAAGGGUCGUGUUGGACCUCCUGGAGAACUCGGACCAAUUGGGCUUGCUGGAGAGAAGGGUAAACUUGGUGUACCUGGACUUCCUGGAUACCCUGGAAGACAAGGACCCAAGGGAUCUCUUGGAUUCCCUGGAUUUCCUGGUUCUAAUGGAGAGAAGGGAACGCGGGGUGUUUCUGGAAAACAAGGACCAAGAGGACAAAGAGGACCAACGGGUCCUCGAGGGCAGAGAGGACCGAGGGGAUCAACAGGAAAACUAGGAGCAAAGGGAACGUCUGGAAGUGACGGCCCUCCUGGUCCUCCUGGAGAGAGGGGAUUACCCGGACCUCAAGGAGCCAACGGCUUCCCCGGACCAAAGGGACCUCCAGGACCACCAGGAAAGGACGGACUGCCUGGACAUCCUGGACAGAGAGGAGAAGUCGGGUUCCAAGGUAAAGUGGGUCCACCUGGGCCUCCUGGAGUUGUAGGACCUCAGGGUCCAUCAGGUGAAACGGGCCCCAUGGGUGAGCGUGGGCACCCUGGACCUCCAGGUCCUCCAGGAGAGCAGGGACUUUCUGGUCCGUCAGGAAAAGAGGGCACCAAGGGAGACCCCGGACCUCCAGGAGGCCCUGGUAAAGAUGGGCCUCCUGGUCUGAGAGGAUUCCCUGGAGAGAGAGGACUUCCUGGAACCCCUGGUGGUGGAGGACUGAAGGGAAGCGAAGGACCUGCUGGACCUCCGGGACCUGCUGGUUCUCCUGGUGAGAGAGGUUCUGCUGGAACCGCUGGACCUGUGGGACCUCCUGGCAGACCAGGUCCUCAAGGACCACCAGGACAAGCUGGAGAGAAGGGCGUUCCAGGCGAGAAAGGCCCCAUUGGCCCAGCAGGGCGGGAUGGAGUCCAGGGUCCAGUGGGUCUGCCCGGCCCUGCUGGAUCACCCGGAGUACCUGGAGAGGAUGGAGAUAAGGGUGAAGUUGGAGAACACGGUCAGAAGGGAGCCAAGGGGGGGAAAGGAGAGCAUGGUCCUCCUGGUCCACCUGGCCCAAACGGUCCAGUUGGCCAACCCGGUCCUGCUGGGGCAGAUGGAGAGCUGGGACCAAGGGGGCAGCAGGGACCUUUUGGAGCUAAAGGUGACGAAGGAACUCGAGGAUUCCCGGGAGCUCCGGGACCUAUCGGACUUCAGGGCCUGCCUGGACCAUCGGGUGAGAAGGGAGAGACUGGAGACGUUGGGCCAUUGGGUCCUCCUGGACCUCCGGGACCCCGCGGACCUGCUGGACCCAACGGAGCCGACGGACCUCAAGGUCCUCCUGGUGGUUUGGGUAAUCCUGGACCUCUUGGAGAGAAGGGAGAGCCUGGUGAGGCGGGAGCACCUGGAGUUGUUGGAGAACCAGGAAAGAAGGGUCUUCGUGGAGAACGCGGAGAGAAGGGAGAAGCUGGACAACCUGGAACUGCUGGACCUGCUGGAGGACGAGGACGACCUGGAGAUGAUGGACCCAAAGGAAACCCAGGCCCAGUUGGUUCCCCUGGAGAUCCUGGUGCUCCUGGUGAGGUUGGACCCAGAGGUCAAGAUGGCGCCAAAGGAGAGAGAGGAGAGGACGGUGAAGCAGGAGAGUCGGGUUCUCCAGGACCUCCCGGUGAGAACGGACCACCUGGUCCUCCAGGAAAAAGGGGACCUGCUGGGACCAGAGGACCGGAGGGCCGACAAGGAGAGAAGGGAACCAAAGGGGAUCCAGGUGCCGUCGGGCCCCCAGGGAAGACCGGCCCUGUUGGUCCUCAGGGUCAGCCGGGAAAACCGGGAACAGAAGGUCUCAGAGGACUUCCAGGAUCAGUGGGAGAGCAAGGAUCUCCAGGAUCUGCUGGACAGACGGGCCCACCUGGACUUAUCGGACCUCCCGGUCUACCUGGCCUGCGUGGAGAUCCUGGUGCAAAGGGUGAGAAGGGUCACCAGGGUCUCAUCGGUCUGAUCGGACCUUCAGGAGAGCAGGGAGAGAAAGGAGACCGGGGCAUGCCUGGGCCUCAUGGAUCCACCGGACCUAAAGGAGAACCUGGGAUGGCUGGAGGUACUGGACCUCUGGGUCCUGCUGGUCCUCCUGGGCUUCCUGGUCCGCAAGGUGUCAAAGGAGCAAAGGGCUCCAGUGGAGGAGCAGGUCCAAAGGGAGAGAAGGGUGUGCAAGGACCUCCUGGGCCUCCUGGUCCCCCAGGCGAGGCCAUUCAGCCUCUGCCCAUUCUGAGGAGUCCCAAGACUAAACGCUCCAUCGAUGCCAGCCAGCUGCUGCCUGAGUUUGACCCCGACGCGCCAGCCUCCGACACCGCUGGUACGGAGUUCCUGAUGGGCAGUGAAGGCAUGGAGGAGAUCUUCGGAUCCCUGAACUCGCUAAGGCAGGAGAUCGAGACGAUGCGUUUCCCUCUGGGGACUCGGGACAGUCCGGCUCGCACCUGCCAGGACCUGCAGCUCAGCCAGCCGGACCUCCAGGAUGGAGAGUACUGGAUUGACCCAAACCAAGGCUGCUCCAGAGACUCCUUCAAGGUCUUCUGUAAUUUCACUAAAGGAGAGACGUGUCUGUACCCCAGAGACGUCGACACGGUGAAGAUGAGCUCCUGGGACAAAGAGACUCCAGGGUCGUGGUACAGUCAGUUCACCACUGGUAGCAAGUUCUCCUACGUGGAUUUGAACGGCGAGCCCGUGGGCGUGGUCCAGCUGGGCUUCCUGCGCCUCCUGAGCGUACAGGCCCGUCAGAACCUUACCUACCACUGCCACCGCUCCGUGGCCUGGGCCGACCGAAGCGCCAAGAACAACCACAAGAGGGCGCUGCACUUCAGAGGCGCCAACGAGGAAGAGCUGAGCUACGAGACCAACCCUUACAUCAAAGCCUUGGUGGACGGCUGCUCCUACCGGAAAGGCUUCGACAGGACGGUCCUGGAGAUCAACACGCCUCAGGUGGAGCACCUCCCUCUGCUGGACAUCAAGGUGUCAGACUUUGGGGAGAGCAACCAGCAGUUUGGGUUUGAAGUUGGACCUGUCUGUUUCCAAGGCUGAACACUCUCUCUCUCUCUCUCUCACACACACACACACACACACACACACACACACACACACACACACACACACACACACACACACACACACACACACACACACACACACACACACACACACACACGAUAAACAUACAGGCCCAGUAAUUUGUAAAUUAACUUGUAAAUGAUAUAAACACACACACACACUCGCCUACGUGCCUCUGGAGCCCUCCCAGCAAAACAUGGACCAAAGAGAGGAAACAUCGACUGGGAGGAAAAUAAACAGGAAGAACGACGUUCCUGGGAAUCAAACAAAGUGUUCUUCAACGGGCCUGGACCCAGGCUUACUCCUCCCUGCUGACACCUUCAUCCACUUCCUGCUCCACCUCCCCUCCUCUUUAAGAAAAGGUCCACGAUCAGACGUUAUCCUACUUCUGUAAUUCCCACAUGCAGCAACAGGACCAACAGUUUCACACCCGAAUCUAUUCUUCUAAAGCCAGAUUUGUCCUAAUCUAAGCAUCGGUUACGUCACAUCCUGUCACUUCUAAUAAAGCAAGCAGGGAACGGACCACAUGCCACCAGCAGGCUCUGAUCGGAAUCGUCUUUCUGCUCUAAAAGCUUUAUUAUCUAACAUUGUGCCUCAGAGCUCAAACGGAUCAUUAGAAUAUAUAUAUGUGGUGCUUUUUAAAGGUUAGUGAGACCAGAGAGACGGUGAAGCGAGACUUAAAGCCAUCACGUACCUGAGUGGCCUCCAGACACCACUUCAGUAUUCCGGUGCUGAUCCAGACCCGGUGUUUUCUGUUCCUGCAGCAGAGAAUAAAAAUGCACACGUUACUGAGUGAAACUGUGGAAAAGUGCUAAUUCUAUAAAAUAAAGUCCUCCAUUUUAGUCUCUUCUAGGGAAAUGUGCAUUACAUUUGUACAGAAAUAGUGAUAUUCUAUUGUAUUUAUUUAAAACCAACUGGGUGCUUUGAGAUUAAAAUAAGAACCGAGGAUUAUUUCUAGCAGACGUGACUUUCAGUUGUAUUUAUUUGAUGCAGCUCGACUGCACAGCUGUGAUGCUUCUGUUCACACCUCCACCAACCAAAGAAUCUGGCCGUGACUAAAACUGUAAUCCCUCCCUUAUCUAGUUUCAUCUGUACUGUGCUGUUUCCACUGCCAUGAUUAAACGGUGACUCCACUUUU